AAUGGGACCUCAUUAAGUGAUUGUUGCGUUAACUUCAAUUGCUGUCCCGAGACGCAAAGAUGAUACGUCUCUUAAUCGUGAUUGCGUGGUUUUACGUCAGUUGCGCCCGCGGGGAUGGUGUCCACGAUCACGGGCGGAGAACCGUCUCGAAUCCGCUUUGGAACGAGACCUCGCUGGACAAGCUGCGGAACGACCUGCUGUUGAACUACGACAAAUUCGCGAAGGCCGUCGAGGGUAACGUCACCGAGGUCGGGAUAGGUCUGACAAUAGUCUACGUGGAGACAGACGAGCUGAACUCGACGUUCACCUCGUCGAUGUGGCUGAAACUGUCGUGGAAGGAUCCAAAGUUGGUGUGGAGCAGUCAGGAUUACAACGGGAUCGACUCGCUGAAAAUGGCCGAUCACGAGAUCUGGCAGCCGGACAUCUACCUUUUCAACGGCGCGAACACCGGAGGCGAACCGAUCAUACGUUAUGGCAAUCCGUACGCGUUGGUCCAACCCGAUGGGUCAGUGGUAUGGGUACCGCCGAUCAAGCUGACCGCCCUGUGCGACUUUGACAUGUACUACUGGCCGUUUGACACCCAGCGCUGUUACUUGAGAUUCGGUUCCGGCAGUCGCUCACGUGCCGACAUUCGUUUGGUGUCGAAAGGAGUCGAUUUUAAGACCGCCAUUCCCAUCGUUCAGUGGACGAUUGCGUGUACAGAUACCAUCGUUGAGGUGACACGUGCCGGCUACCCCGAUCAGUUUUACCACGUCCUCUACAACUUGACCUUAACCCGCAAGCCGUCCACGACCACCACGGUAGCAACAACCGUCAUUUGCUGCUCCGCCUGCCUGGUGCUCGCCCAAAGGUUCCUCACGUUCAAAACCGGAAGGGGUCUCAUACUUCGCUGCCUGACGUCGGUAGUCCUCUGCAUCUUCCUCGUCUACUUCGGCACGCGAGUGGCGCCCAAGAGAUCGGCUGCGCCCUGGAUAGUUUCAUUUCUGAGCGCCUGCCUAUUUCUGCAUUGCAUUACCGUGAUCGAGUCCGUUAUGGUGACCUGCAUGUCCAAAUUGAGCAACCCCAAACGCGUAGCGUGGAAGGUGAAAGGGUGGCUGGGUGGCAGGUUCGGGCGCAUUCUGCUUCUGGACGAUUGCAUUGUAGAGUGCGAGAGGUGCGUCGACUCCACCGAUGACCAACAUGGCGGGAAGUGCGCGGCCUCUCACGAUUGGGAGUUGUGCCACAUCGCGAUCGACAGGUUGCUGUUUCUGAUCUACUUCUUAAUCCUGGCGCUGUUGAUUUUGGCGUACAUAAUUUAAGCGUUUCAAUAAAUUGUCAUUCAAGCGAC